CCAGCCGAUGCCGCCGGGCGGCGCGCAUGCGUGGGCCGCGCUCGGGGUGGCCGGCGGUGCGCGGGGCCCAUGGCCGUUGGCGGCGAUGACGGACUACAGCGAGGAGCAGCGCAACGAGCUGGAGGCCCUGGAGUCCAUCUACCCGGACUCGUUCACGGUGUUGUCAGAAAAGCCAACGACUUUCACAAUUACUGUGACAUCGGAAGCAGGUGAAAAUGAUGAAACUGUCCAAACAACCCUUAAAUUUACCUACAGAGAAAAAUACCCUGAUGAAACUCCCCUUUAUGAAAUUGUCUCCCAGGAAAAUCUUGAAGAUAAUGAUGUCACAGGCAUAAUAAACCUGUUGGAACAGCAGGCAGAAGAAAAUUUAGGAAUGGUAAUGAUCUUCACUCUAGUGUCUGCAGUACAGGAGAAAUUAAAUGAAAUAGUGGAUCAAAUAAAAACACGAAGAGAAGAGGAAAAGAAACAGAAAGAGAAAGAAGCGGAAGAAGAAGAGAAACAACGCUUUCAUGGCACUCCUGUUACAAUUGAGAAUUUUCUGAACUGGAAGGCAAAGUUUGAUGCGGAACUCUUAGAAAUAAAAAGAAAAAAGAUGAAAGAAGAAGAGCAAGCAGGCAAAAAUAAACUAAGCGGGAAACAGCUGUUUGAAAUGGAUCACAACCUUGAUACAUCUGACAUCCAGUUCUUGGAGGAAGCUGGAAACAGCGUGGAGGUUGAUGAAUCUUUAUUCCAGGAAAUGGAUGAUUUAGAGUUGGAGGAUGAAGAGGAUGACCCUGACUACAACCCUGUUAAUUUAGAUAGUGAUUAGACUUUUUUUGAAGUGGCUCUGUCAUCAGUAUGGACUUACGUAAGGAGAGAUAGGCAGGCAGAAAAACCACAGCAUCUGUGGUUGUAGUAGUAUAUAUUGGUUUUCUUUUUUUCAAAGAAAAAGAUACAUCUAGGAGAAUGGUCUUCUGAUGACUGUCAUCAUAAAUAAAUUGACUAAUAUUUCACAUGAAAAACUUGAGGCAUACUCUACUGAUUUUUUUUUCCCCUCCACUUCUUUAAGUGUCCUGUGAAGAGAAGUGACAAUGAGCAAGAAGGAAAGAUGGCAUAGUGAUUGUUAAACACACCUGCAUGCGGACACUGAGUUCUGCUAUCUUCUACAUAGGGUAUACAUGGGAAAGUUUAUUGAAUAAAAUUGUUUACAUGCUACGCAGGAUUUUUUCUUUGAAAUUUUGUAACACAGCAAAUUAUGGUCAUUUCUGAUAACCCAAAUUAUUAGCCGAACUGCUGUAGAUUGGCAGCACUAGUCAUUUUUAAAUAAGGCAUAGCCUUUUAAAAGUUAAAUGGAAACCACUUACCUGUUAGAGUGACAUUUUUCUUUGUUUGGAAAGCUUUUUUCCUUCUUGUGAAUCAGUGAACUUCCGUCACAGAAGAACAAUUUACUUUUGGCAACUGUCUGUGAGAACACUGUCAGAGCGCAGAACGCAGUAACAGGAUUUUAUAGAGUGCUGACAUUUGAACUUGCUGAAAGUUUUUUAGAAGUAGAUUGUUGGAAGUCUUUGAAAGUCUUAACAUAUAGUGAAGUUAACAUCUGUGAGUUGCUGGGUAGCCUGUUAACCCUUUUGAAGAGUUCCUCAUGGAGCUACUAGCUUUAUGUUAGUCUCCGUCCCCCUUCACACCUCCACAAAGCCCAGAACACUGGAGAAAUGUGUGUGAAGUGUUUGAGACUGCGUCAGGUUGAAGGACAGUGUGGAUGAAGGUUUCAAGAAGCAGCUCUCUGAAUAGAGAACUACCAGGCACCUUGAUGAUUAGAAGCUGUGUGCUGGAUUUUAAAACUCUUCUGGUAGAUUGCCUUAACUGCUCCAGCUUCAACCUUUCAAAAGAAGAUUGCACUAAAGUAUCAAUGCUUAGAAGAAUAAUGGAUUUAUGAACUUUAAUAUUUGGAAAUUUCCUGCUCCAAAUGAAAAAUUUCAUUCCAGAAAUAAUUUGAUGAUAUAUAAGAUUCCUUGAUCAUGCCAUUUGAGAGCAUCUGUUUAGGAUGAUCUUAUAUAACAUGUUUCAGUAGUCUUGUCUUUUUGUAUUCAAGGUGAAUAAAUACAAGUUCCCAACAGACAGAAAUAAAUGUUCGAGUACCCUGUAAAUGGUUUUAUAAAUGAACCACGUGCCUUUGUUCCUACCAUCUUCUAUUUUAUCUUUUUAAUUUUGACACCUAAGAACUCAAGGCAAGCAUCUAAGUUUCAAUUAUAACGUAUGUUUCAAAGCAGUAAGCAGGAUCUGUGUUCCAUCAGGUAUUACCAAAUAUAUUUAAAAACUUGUAAGCUAAUGUAAUAUUUAGAGUCUGACUUUUCCAAACGUGGAGUUGGAUUGGAAGGUUUCUAAUAACUAUGUCCAGUUUCCUGUGUAAUUGCUAAUACACUCGUAAAUGCUGUUCAGCACAGAACUUAAUUUUCUUCCGUCUCAUCAUCUGUAUAAAAGCGUCCCAAGGUUGCUUUCAGUUGUCACUUGUUUGUCUAAAACGAGCGUAUUUUCCGUAGAAGCAAUGAGUAAGUUCUCUUAAAAUCUGGACUGAAUCCAGGAAUACUGUAUAGUCUGUGCAAAACAUGAUAAUCUGAGAAAGUUUUCUAACUGGGUCACUGAUGAUACAAGAAACACAUAAAUGUGCAAAAGAGUUUCUUAAUAAUUUCUAGAUUAAUGGGGUUUUCUAUUUUGUUUUCACACUGAUGUGUUUAUUGGUUUUUAUGCAGAGAAUGUGUAGCUUUAAAAAGUUAUAACUGUCAAGUUAAAAUGUAAAAAUAUAUUUUCAUUGCUACUUACAUCUUUUUUAUGAUCAAAGCAGAGGAAAUAAGGGUUGAAGUGACAAAGAAAUUUUUCUUCAAGUCCAUUUCUCCAAGUCUUUGAAACAAGUUUCAGUGACUCAGUCUGAACUUCUGAUUUGUUUAUCUUUAUUAGCAAUUAGUGUUUGUGAAAUAAAAGAGAGUUUUACUGAGUGGA